AAAAUAACAAAAAUUAAUGGGAAAAACAGCAUGUUGGAGAUGAUGUCGGAGGACGCCAAAAGACUCAACAAAUUCUAUGAAACAAAAGAAAAAAGUCUGAUUGAUGAUAAAAACAGCCUCCGUCUGACUGUGAAGCAGCUGCAGCAGACUCUGCAGGAGCAGUGUGACCUCAGAGCGGAGAACGAGAGGCUGAAGAACGACGUGACGGCUCUGAGAGAGGAGAAGGAACGAACAGCUGAG